AUGCAUAUCAGCAUCCUCGUCGGUGGUGACCGUUUCGUCAUUGAUUCUGACUCCCUCAGCCUGGGAACGACAGUCUUCCAAAACUUUACUGAUUUCCGAACAUUUAUCUAUGCAAAUGACUGUAUCUUGGCGGACGACGUCACGGCAAAGGAGUUGCAUUUGCACACAGCAUCAUUCAACUCCGAUAAAUCUCCCACAUUCAACGUCCAUGGCGAAAACGGGAAAGAUGGGGUAGGAGGAGAUACCAGCCUCGAGAACGGAACCAAUGGACACAACUUUUUCUUCUCGUCGGCAAGUUUUGAGUAUAAAUCACGCUUCAAAGUCAAUUCAAAGGGCGGUAAUGGUGGUCGAGGUGCCAGCGAACCUCUGGGCGGUCAAGGAGGAGCUGGAGGCAAUGGAGGAGACGGAGGGAUUGUGAACAUUAUGUACGAAGAUAACUACCAAUUGGCCAUUGACGGCUACGACGCUUACGACGACGCUGUUACUGGGGCAGAUCCAGCCGAUCCGGAAAAGGCGGAGCAAGAAAUCAAGGAGGCGGCUAAAAAUUGGGUUGAAGUGCUGGAAGUCGUCGUUAAAGACCCUCCACAGGUAAAAACACUGAUCGAUGAGCUUUACGCGGAAUUAGAAAAGACGGAUGAAUAUGGUCACUCCAAAAUUACCAUUCCAUUGGAUGAGCUGAAACAGAAGGUGAACGCCCUCAAGGGGAAACUGGAGGAUAAGAAGCCUGGCGAUAGCAUGGCGUGGGAGUUGGAAAAUGCAAUUGAGUGUGAUGGUGGUGUCCCCGGACGUGGCGGCGAUGGAAAUCCGCCGGGAAAGGGAGGGCAGCGAGGAGCCAGGGGCGACUAUAAUGUGUACAAUGACAUGGAUUACGAUGCAAUCUGGGAUAGCGACGAGCUUCUGUACCAUCCAGAUCAAAUCUCCAUGACCUUCCGCGAUGCAUACGCAGAGUACUUUCGCGGUGCAGGCGCAAAUGGCGAAAAGAAUAUCCAAAGAUGUGCCUCUCUACUUGGCCAGUUGAUUCAACGGCUUGGGUUUCUAGACGAUAUUGAUCCCGCAGAUUCAUCCUCCAAAACUGACUCGGCGCUGUGGAAGGCUUACUACCAGCGGGAAGCUGAUAUCCUCGUGUUGCCAUCUGGAAGCGGGAAACCCACGACCAUCAGCACCUUGCAAAACGUUUACCAGCAAGCGCAGUUAUACAUGGCACAGUUGCGCAGCGGACAAGAUCUGUACGGGCAUUCCCCUAUGUGGGUUCCCCGUGGAAGCUUUGAGUUCUACCAAGGGCAAGUAGAGGACGUCCUCCGGGGUUUCGACAAGAUCGAAAGCAACUAUGAACUAUUUACAAAAAGAGACUUUGAUCAAAAAAGCAAACUGCAGUGGAUUCAAGAUGGAAUUGACUCUGCAAAUGCAGCGAUUGACAAAAUCACGAAACAUCAAAGCACUACCGCAAGUCUUAUCCCUCCCUUAAUCGCCAGUAUUCAAUCACUCAAUGAACAAAUUCCUCGCAAGAAAAAGGCGCUGAUCGAUGAAAUCAACGAGGUCAUCCACAAAAUUAACGACAUGCACACUGUCCCUCUCAAGGAGUUCUUAAGCUCGGCUGUUUCGCUGGUUUUUAUGCCCAAGGCCGCAAUGGCCGCGGUGGUUGCAGGGCAGGUAUGGCUAAACUCAACUAGAGGCCUGACCGAUGAAGCUGGAAGCCUCGUGGAAAAGUCAUUCAUCAUUGAUCGGAUCCAAGAGAUCGACGAUACUAUUGAAGGCCUGAAAGAUGGUAUCACUCUUACCGACGCUGGUAGCCUUGAACCUGGAGAAGCAGGAGGACCCAAACUGGCGGCAACCCGAGAGGCUCUGAUGAGCUUGAUUGACCAGUAUCGAAACCUCAUUAAGGACUGGAAGUAUAUCGUGAAGGUGUUCGACGAUUAUACUGAGACGGUUGUGAACCGCAAUAAUCAGGCUCUACAAUACAAUCAAUAUCUCAUUUCCUGGUUGCAAGAUGAGCUUAGUAUUCGCCAACAGCAAGACACUAUCGGCGGCCUCAACAGAAAAGGGCUGGAUGAAAUCGACCCCGAGCUUCCUGCCGUGGCGGCUUUUGUGCAGCAGUCUUACUAUAACACCGUCGACCAAGUCCUCAAACUCCUGUACAUGACGGAGCGAGCAUUGUCGUUCUGGGCCAUCGAUCUGCCGCUCGACAACUUUGAUACCAUCCGACAGGGCGGCAUUGAGGGUGGAGGUCUCUCUGCCUCACUGAUCUCACUCAAAACAAACAUCCUGACGGUGUAUAGUGAUGCCGUUGAAAACUCCACCUCAGCAUAUCAAAAGUUCGGAGAUUGGGGCGGUUCCGGGCCCAAUGUUCCAUUGGUUUAUCAUCUUGCCGAUGAAGAAUGGCAAUCUCUCAGCGCCGGCGACGAACAAACGUCCGUGGUCAUGUCGAGUGCCUAUGCCGGAACGACGCUCGACGAAAACGUGUUUCUAGGCCGCUACGACGUGCGCUUGACAAAAGUCCGGUUUUUCGUGGAAGGCGACGUACAGUUUCUCGACGAUGAUGGGGACAAGGUGAUCCGCGUCUCAUUGAGACAUACUGGCAAAGAAACCAUUGUCGAUCCCAAUGGUAUUCCUAAUGAAUUUGAGCACAACACGCUGCAUUUCAGUUUCGAAUAUGUGUAUCCAUUCGACCCCGAGCAUCCGCAGAUUAUCACAGAUGGGAUUAUGUUUGAUAGCCCAGUGCCGAAGAAGUUGAGUUAUGCCUUGUUUGGUCCGUUUACCGUGUGGGAUAUAGAAAUCAGCCAGGAUUUGAAUCCGAAUCUGAUUUUGAGUGGGAUUACGGGGGCGAGGCUUGAGUUUACUGGCUGGAGCAAGGCUUCUUCUUAG